GAGUGCCAUUGACAUGUAUUAAAUAGGCUCUGACUUGGGAAAUGUGCAGGUACAGGUGUUGUCCCAGGACGCUUUCACACGCUAACAUAUCUUCUGAUCAUCAGAUCCAAAAUGGCCUCUGACGCUUCCUGUUUCCCUGUCCCACAGCUCCAGGAGACGGUGAAGAGGAAACUGGACAGCGCACGCUCGCCCCUCAAUGGUGACCAGAACGGGAUCUGCGACGGGAGCUAUUCUCCGACCACCAAGAGGUUACGAAAAGACGGACCAGGAUCGGGCGGACUGGACUCUCUCCCCGGCCUCCCCAACAACGCCCCCCCCAUUUCCCCGCUCCACCAGAUGGACAUCAAGCCCUUACUGGGAGUCACCGGGAAUCCCAACAACCCCAGCGUCAACAACAACAACAACGUGAAUGUCAACAACUGUAACUCCGGUCCCGGCAGCAAUGGUAGCCAUGGCAACCACCCUGGCAGCGGCUUGGGCUCAGGUCGCCCGGCUGACGUCAAGCUCAACGGCGAUCUCCCCAACGUCAAGCUCAACGGUUCCUUAGACCUGGAGGACGGCUUCGGACUCCUCAAAGACCUGAAACAGGAGCCGCUCGACGACGGGGGAGGGAUCGAGUCGUCGGACACGUCCUUGUCCAAUCAGAACAAGCUGUUUUCGGACAUCAACCUGAAUGACCAGGAGUGGCAGGAGCUGAUUGAUGAGCUGGCCAAUACGGUGCCGGAAGACGACAUGCAGGACCUCUUCAAUGAAGACUUUGAGGAGAAGAAGGAAGCAGAGUUUACCAGGCCGGCCAAUCAGACCCCGGUACCGCAGGACCCGCCUCCCAUGGCCACAGUGGCUCAUCAACAGACGAACCAAGCGCAGGGGGCGGCACAAGUCCCCAUGGGUUCCCCACAGGUCCGGCCGUCGUCUUCGGGCCCUCAGUUUGCCACCGCCGCCAACGGAACACCGCCCCAGCAGCCUUUGCAGCAGUCCCCACAGGUCGCCAUGGCCUCAGGCUCCCCUCUCCCCAACUGUGUGGCCCGGUCGCCGCAGACGCCCACCCAGGCCCAGACGCAGGCCGGCCCCAGACCAGGGAAUGGAUUUAUGAUGAACCCAGGCCAAGGUGUGGGCCAGGCGGGUACAGGAUCCAAUGGCCCUGGAGUCCCCACUGGAAUUCAAGGGCCUGGGCCGGUGACCUCUGAACUGUCGCCUGCUGAGCAACUGAAAGCGAUGGCGGCACAGCAGCGCGCUAAGCUAAUGCAGCAGCAGAAACAACAGCAGCAACAGCAGCAGGCUAACUGGUCCCCAGCCGGAGCUCCAACCAGCCCCUACGCCUCUGCUCCUUUCAACCAGCAGGACAAGCCCAACAGCCCGAUGAUGUACCCACCUCAAGCCUUCAACCAGCAGGACAAGCCCAACAGCCCGAUGAUGUACCCACCUCAAGCCUUCAACCCUGGCCAACAGGGCCCCCUGGUGGCUGGGAUGACCUCGAGCAACGGCCCCAAAGCUCCCAUGAACAACUACCUCCCUCAGAACCCCCACAACCACAUGGGCAUGAUAAGUCAACAACAACAACAGACAAACAACAUGGGCGCCCAACAGAACACCCUCUCUAAACAACAACAACAACAACAACAACUACAACAACAGCAAACGGCAGCCAUGUUGUCCUACAGCAACACAAAGCCGCUGAGUCACUUCAGCACGAUGGGGGUCGAUCACAUGGGGCAGAGGAUGACCCCGCCCAUGGGAUCACAGGUCAAGAACCCCAUGAUGCCCCCGUACAUGCAGCAGGGAGGGGUGCAGGGGGCGGGGCCGGGCCAGACCCAGGGACCAAUCCCGGGCCAGACGGCUCACCUCAGCGAGGAGCAGAAGAGGAUGCUGCUGAUGAAGCAGAAGGUGCUGAACCAGAGCAUGCCCUACAGCGCCAUGCAGCCCCACGGACAGGAACAAGGUGUGGUGGGAAUGUCACGGCAGCCCGGUGCCGUCCCUCCCCCUCACCCUGCCGGGGGUGUGGCCUCGGGCGCGGGGCCCAAUCAGGGCACAGGGGCCCCUCCCGGUUACCUGGGCAACCAGCAGCAGGCGGCCAUUAUGAAACAGAUGAUGGUGAUGGAGCAGGAGAAGAGAGUUCAGCUCCACAUGAUGGAACAACAGAAACAACAGCUACUGAGAGAACAGAGACAGCAGCAACAACAGCUAUUACUGGCUGAACAGCUCCAGCAGCAGCAGCAGCAGCAUCUCCCCAGACAGAUGGUCCAGGGUCAGAGAAACCCCUACCCACAGGUCAACCAGUAUCAAGGAUCACCCCAGGAGAUGGCGGUGAGGAGCCAGGCACUCCAGAACAUCCGCGCCACCCGUCUCCUCCAACAACAACAACAGAACCAGCAGAUGGUCCAGAUGAACCAGGGCAUCCCAGGUGGCUCGGUGGGUCCCCAACCCGACAUGGGCCUCCCCUACGGCGGGCAGGGAGCCGGCCAGCAGUCCCUCUACAGCCUCAACCCCUCCAUGAGCCAAAUGAUGCAGCACCAGAACCAAAGCGUCCAGGCCGCCAUGGGUCUUCCACCAGGACACAACCCAGCGGCGCAGGUCCAGAGGCAGGCGGGAGGAGGGGUUGGAGGUGGAGGAGGAUACGGAGGACCACAGGGGAUGAUGAUGAACUCCAUGUCCCAGCAGCCCCUCAAGGGGCCGCCCAAAGCCCAGGCCCAGAGAUUGCAGGGCAUGCUGGGAAUUGGAGGAGGACCGGGAGGAGGAGGACCACAGGGAGGGAUGGGAGGGUGGCCACCCCAGCAGGGGCAGUCCCUCCAGGGGAUGGGAGGGCCAGGAGGGGUAGGAGGACCAGGCAGGACUACAGGCGAUAUGGUGGGCUUUGGCUCGGCCCAGGGGGGCUACGGCUCCAUGCAGCCUGGACCCGGACAGCAGCCUCCACACCCACGCCUGGCCAAGCAACACUUCCCUGGGCACCCACAGGGCCACCCCCAGGCUAUGGGUCAGGGCCAGCCCAUGGACCCCAGGGCUAUGAACCCUGCGGCGGGCAUGGCCGGGCCCAUGGACCCCAGGGCUAUGAACCCUGCGGCGGGCAUGGCUGGACCAGGACAGCCAAGGACCAACCAGCCCAGACCCAUGGUAAUGCCGGGACAGGGGGUGAUGGGCCAGGGCGUGCCCAACAUGGGGGCCUUUGGACAGGGGCCGGCGAUGGGGGUGGGCCCUGGCGGUGGAGGAGGGUAUGUGGGACAAGGAGGGGUAGGGGUCGGAGGUCAGCCUCAGGGCUACCAGAGGACGUCUAGUCAGGACCUGUCAUCUUAUGGAUACGUUGGCGGGCAGGUGGCGCCGUCGGGCGGAGGGUUCGGAUUGGCCGACGGGACAGGGGCGGACUUGGACUCAAGUGACGGUUGGAUGGAAGAGUUCUUCCCCAACCAAUAGCAGAGCUGGAAAUGUAGUGGGGAGUUUUUACUGGAGGGACUAACGACAAAACUGCGUGGGGAAAACUUUAUUGAGACGAGAGAACUGGACAGACGGACGGACAGUCGGCAUAUUCUGCUUUGUAAAGAAACGGACAGGAAGAGUUCUGUGUCGUGUAUUUAUGUGUGUGUGUGUGUGUGUGUGUGUGUGUACUGUCACGGUAUUUAAAAGGCCUCUAAUGGUAAACGUGGUCUGGUGGUUGUGAAAUAUCAUUCAAGAAAGGGAAGUGAUUUUGGUUUUGUCCUUUUGGGCCGUGAUUUGAACCCAACCCUUUAGCAGUGUGUCAACUGGGCCCAUAGGUUCAUACGGGAGAGACGGGAGACUGACUACAAGACAGGAGAGACAGGAGACUGACUACAAGACAGGAGAGACAGGAGAGACUGGGACUGACUACAAGACAUGAGAGACAGGAGACUGACUACAAGACAGGAGAGACAGGAGACUGACUACAAGACAGGAGAGACAGGAGAGACUGGGACUGACUACAAGACAUGAGAGACAGGAGACUGACUACAAGACAGGAGAGACAGGAGAGA